AAAUGAGGUGAGAUCAUUUUUAAUACAUAUUCUCUUCAAUUUUAUUCUUGAUGGAUCACCUACUAUAUAUGCAUUCAAAUCGAACUCAUAUUCACUUAUUAAUGACAGAUGAUCCGAUACAAUAAUCUAAUUGACUAAUUAUUAGAUCCUUUUUGCCAAGAUAUUCAUCCCCUAUAUAUCAAACAGUUUCCUUCAAAUUUGCUGGAUUCCAGCUACAUCAAUACUCUCUCUCCUCUCUCUCUCUCUCUCUCUCUCUCCAUGACAGCAUGACUCCAGUUUAUCUGAACCCAUCACCCUCAUCUUUUCCUUUUGUUGAGCUUGGGGAAGAUCAACACCUUGAACAGUUAACCACACCACAGCAAGCUUCAUCUCCUCUCACAUGUCCCCUUUUCUUCAACUCUCAAGAUCAAAGAGGCAGUCACCCCGCUGAGUCCAAACAAAAACAACAAAAGGUUGAUAGGUAUAUUUUGCAUAGUGGAUCAAGUGAUCAACAAGUGAUCUCAUUUUCUUCGGUUAAGCUUGCCCAGGAGGAUAGUAAUGGCGACCAUAAAUUUUCGGGUUUCAAGAGAGAAGUUGGAGAUGAAAGAAAGAACGGUGAAGGAUCAAUGAAGUGGAUGUCUUCAAAGAUGAGGUUGAUGCGGAAAAUGAUGAACUCCAAUUAUUCAGGGACUGAUAAACCAGUGAAAGUUGUGGAGAAGUUCAAUCAGGACAAUAGUGAAACCAUGUAUGCUUACAAUAGCAAUAAGGACAAUGUUAGAGUUUGUUCUGAUUGUAACACAACCAAGACUCCUCUUUGGAGGAGUGGCCCCCAAGGUCCCAAGUCACUAUGCAACGCCUGUGGGAUUCGGCAGAGGAAGGCGAGGCAGGCAUUUGCGGCACACAGCUCGGACGUCGCCAAUGGUUCAUCGGUGAUGUCCAAGGUGAACAAUAAGGAGAAAAAAACGCGUACAAGCUAUGUCAAACAGCUAAAGAAGCCCUCUAAGCAUCUGGGGUCUCCUCACAGAGGAAAGGAACUUAGUCUCGAGGACUUUGAUAGUGCAAGUAUGGGUAAGACAUCAGCAUUUGGACGUGUGCUUCCACAGGAAGAAGAAGAAGCUGCUAUUCUUCUUAUGGCACUUUCUAGUGACCUUAUUAAUAGUUGAAGUUUGUUGAGAGAGAGAGAGAGAGAG